UAAAAAUUAACCAUAAAAAUCAUUCAUUGAUACUUGAUUGUUGAGUUGAACACUGAAGAUGAAUAAUCGAAUAAUUUUCAAGAUGUUCUCUUUUCUGGUUUUUCUGUGGCUGAAUUGUUCAAUUAUCAACUGCGCAUCUUUGGUGGGAUCAAGAGCUACAGGUCACAGUGAUACCAAUAGACUUAUUCAUGCAUCUUUAACGGAUAAGGACACUGGUCGCGUUUGGCAAAUGCAAGAAUGGGUUUACUCAGGAAGUCCAAGGGCUGGACGAAUCGAAAUAAAAUCAGAUGAAAAUGAAGCAAAUGUCUUCUAUUCGUACUCAAACUCCGAAGACAACAAGAAACGUCUCGUUAUUCAUGACAAUGAAUGUGAUCUUUACAAUUAUGAUCUCAAGUGGGACAACUUAUUGCCUGGUGUAAAUAAACCUUUAACUAAUCUUAUCCUGCUUUUGGGUCCAUCGCUUUUUGACCGUUUCGAUGGAUUUGAUUGGGCAAAUGGUAACGAUGAGGUUAUCCGAGGUUCACUUAUGCACAGCGUCUCAACCGAUUUGGAUGGCAAACUCAACAUAACUUUAUUUUAUGAAAAUUAUCGCGACCAAAUAUACGGAGUUAAACUUCCAAGUCAAAUCGUAUUCACUGGUCACAAUCCCGAUACUUUAGUUGAAGGAGAAGCUGAGACUCUCAUCUUAGACAUUUAUUUACAAUCGCAAACUCAACAAGAGUUUGAUAAACUAGCUCAAGUUACACCAGGAUUUGGUUGUCCAGUAUACCUAAAUGGAGAUGUUGCCUUCCCUGAACUAAAUACCCUCAAAAUUCAUUUUAUAGCUUCUGAUCAAACUAAUAAUAAUAAACCAGUUGCACUAGAGAUUCAUACUGAUGAAAAUAAACAAAUUUUACGGCACAAAGUGUUAGAAGCGGGUUACAAUAGCGAAACGAUCCUCGAUUAUUCACUUGGUGCAUUUUAUCAGACAUCUACUUGCUAUAUUACUCCUAUUGAGUCAAAGGAUCCUGGUAUUGAUGAAAGUGGUUCAUUAUCAAUAGCAAAACUACUUUGGUUACCAAAGACAUUGAAAUAUCUUGGAGAGAUAAUAUUUGAACACAGAUCUGGUUAUAAGGUUCACGUUUGGGAAUCCACUGAGACCAAUCGAAUAAUAAACGACAAAACAUAUGAUAAAGUGGUUACAACCCAGUAUAUGAGUUCAUCUUACAAAAAUGAUAUGUUCAAAGGCUACAGUCUGGUUGCAGCUUCAAUAAGAGGCUACAAAAAAGAUUCAAAGGGUUCAUAUGUUUUAUCAUAUUCAAGGCAUCGAGAUUAUUAUGAUUCUAAUAGUGAUUUACCUGAGUCGGAAUAUCAUGAAGCUCUUCAAGUCGAAGACUGCUUCAAAAAACCAGAUGAAAGAUUGAAUUUAAAGUUUCAUUUAACAUGUAAAGAUUCUGAAGGAUGCAUUCAAAAGUCACAAGAUUCAGUUUAUGAAAUGAAAGAACUAUUUCGAUCAAGUUUACUUGGACAACUAGGAAUAUCAUCAACUCGAGUUGCUAAUAUCGACUUUAAGUUUCAGAAAGAAGUGAUUGAAGCUGAAGUUACUUUUCUCGAAGCUCCGAACAUUAAAGAUGUUCUACAAUCGGAUGUUUACACGUUGCAACCGCAAUCCAUCAGCAAAUUACACGAGACUGUUGCUGAUAGCAAAGAGAAAUGUCUUCGAUAUCAUUCAUCAUUCGUUCCUUCUGGAGCUGCGAUUGUCUAUUGUUCUUCUGGGAAGCAAUGUUUUAGUACUGCGAAUGCGAAAGAGAUAAAGCAAGAGUCCAAAGGAAUUUCGUGUAGUGUAUACACCGAUCCAUACAAAAGACUUAAUAGAUUGGGCCGAGAAAAGCCUUUAUCAGAUUUACAUGAUCAUAUUCUUGGUUACUUUGGACACAUCACUUUUAAUAUGAAUCUUGGUGAAGAAGCCAAGGGUGUUGCUUUUCAAGUAACAGAUGUCGUCGCUCAAAUCGAAGCUGCUGAACAACGGAAAAGACCAUUCCUUUCGUUGUACCAUUUUAGUCGAUUCGAUGAAAUAGAUGGUGUUCAUACUGUCGUGGUUCCUGGAGUCGACCGUUUUGGCGAUUGUUAUCGUGCAUGCUCUCAGAAUGAAGAUAUACCUUGUGAAACUUUUUCGUUUUGUAACCGAAAAGAUAAGAAGGAAUGUGUUGUAUCGAUUUGGUUGGGAUCGCAGAUAGAAAACAAUACGACAAGAGAUUCAGAUUGUGAAAUUUAUUCAAAGGACCAAUUGUCUGACUUUAGUGUUCGACGUAAUUUGAAAUACAAGAACCCAACUACAGUGUCUAAACAAAGUUAUAUUGAUGAUUGUGCUUCGGAAUGUUAUGCUUCAAAAGACUGUGUUUCAUUUCAAUAUUGUAGAGGUCAAAAGUGUUUGUUUGGUGGUUAUGUCACAUCAGAAAAUACAGAAUUUUAUGAAGACUGUGACAUUUAUGUUCCAAAAAGAUCAGAAAAAUACAAAGUAACUGGCAUGAAGCUUGUGAGUCAAGUCUUAUACACAGAAGUUGAUUUAGAUUUGGAUCAAUGUGCAGCUCUUUGUGAUGAUGAUCAAUCAUGUAAAUCAUUCAACUUCUGUCCUAAAGGGAAAGCACCCGCUCAAUGUCAAAUAACUUCAUAUUCAACUAAAGAUCCCAAGACGGAAUCAGUGGAAUCAUCCAUUUGUCAUAACUUUGAAUCAACUGUUAAAUCAAAAGCAGACGCAAUUUCAGAUAAUAGUCCUGAUGUUAAAGUAUCUGGAGUCAGUGGUGGAGGAGUUUUCGGUAUUAUCAUGUUAUUCCUAUUUAUUGGUCUUUUCGCUGGUUACGUUGGUCCUUAUGUUUACACUAAAGUAAAAUCAGCAGACUUGAAUAGAUCUAAAGAUUAUGCUGAAUGGUCGAAGCAUGAAAAUGAUGACGAUGAUCAAACCGAAAUAUAAAAUUUUCAAUUUUUAUUAACAUUGUAUUUAUAAUUAU